AUGGCGCACUCUACACAGCGCGGUGUGCAUGAUAUCGAGCAAGAGCUCCUGUUUCAGCUUAAUGAUAAGCUUGUCGCACACGACUCCGAAGGCUUCGAGGCCGGGCAAGGCAAGGAAGUCAAAGUAGUGUCCGAUUUUAUCGCGCAAAGAGGGACAAUGGAGGACGUCAAUGAACGACUACACAUGGUAUGGUACGCGCUGAAGAUGAGUGCACGGCCAAUACAACACGCGGAACGCGAGUUCUUCUCCACCUUGAAGCAAGUGCCGGUCAUUGCGGUGGUCACCAAGUUUGACGUCUUCGUUCAGGACACUCUUCAGGAGCUGGAAGAAGCUGCAGAAGAAGAAGGACGUGAAGUUGACGAAGAUGAGCUGGAAGCGCGAGCUACAGAGAUCGCGGAGAGCCGCUUCAAGGAGUACUACAGCGCACAGCUAGAAGACUUGCCAUUCCCUCCCAAGGCGAUUGUCAUCCUCUCGCGCAGUGAGUAA